CGCCGUCCCCGGCCGCAGCCCUCGGGCAGGGCGCCGUCCCGCCUGUUCCCGCCCCCCGGCACCUGGCGGAUCCGCGGCCCCGCCGGCGCCUCCCGGGUGCUGCCGCCGGGGACACCCCGCGGGCCGGGGCGGGGCGGGUCCGUGCCGGCGCUAAGAUGGCGGCCAAGGUUUCGCACUCGCACGUGAAGCUGGAGGCGGAGAUCGAGCGGUGCCGAGCGGAGGGGCUCUGGGGGCGGCUCCGGCUCCUCGCCCAGCAGCUACUGCCGCCGUCGGUGCGGCCCCCGCGCAAGGCGAAGGCGGCGAAGGACGCGCAGGACGCGGAGGACCACGGGAGUAUGCUGCUAGCAGAGGUUCUGCUGGAAGAAUGCUUGAAGGAAAACUUUGCCAAACUGAAGGACUCCAUUCCACUGACAGAGAAGAAUGAACCAAAACUGAGUGAAGCUAAACAGUAUCUGACCAAUAUCUUAAGCAGAGGAAAACUAAGACCUAAGUAUAUGACUGAAGCUAUGCUGAUCCUAGGAAAGCUUUAUUAUGUGGAGGGAUGCUACAGAGAUGCCAUCAGCAUGUAUGCGAGAGCAGGAAUUGAUGACCUCUCAACCAAAGAUGAACCUCUGUACAUGCUGCGUUUGAUCACUGAAGCCUUUGUUAUUAAAGGUAUGUCACUGGAGCGCUCAACCAACUCAAUUGCCUCACGUGCUCGACUGUGUGAAAGGGAGGAGGAAGUCAUGGCUUGUUUUGAGAGAGCGUGUGUCAUUGCCCAGGUGUACUUGCAGGAGCUUGAGAAGACCUUAAACAACACACAUUCAAGGAGUAUGAAGGGCAGCAACAUGACUUACUCCGAGUUUGAACUUUCCUACUUUCUGGAAGCAGCUCUACAGAGUGCCUACGUGACUCAUUUAAAGAAGGGAAAUAUUGUGAAAGGAAUGAGGAGUCUGCGAGAAAUACUACGGACUGUGGAAACAAAAGCUACUCAGACCUUCAAAAUGACUGCAGCUAAACAGCUAGCCCAAGUACUUCUCCAUUCCCUCAGUGAAGACUGUUACUGGAGCCCUUUAUCUGAUCCGCUUCCUGAGUUCAUGAACAAGGAAUAUCAGUCUUAUGUUAGCAAUCUUCUUUGUCGGAGGCCUGAGCUGUACACAGAAGAGAAUGUGUACUGCCCUCAAGACAACGUAGAAGAGGCUCUUCUUCUCCUCUUAAUCAGUGAAUCCAUGGCAAACCGGGAUGCAGUGAUCAGCCGAGCCCCAGACCAGCAGGAUGACCGAGCUGUCAGCCUCCAGGAUGCCUCUGCAGUCUAUGACCUCCUCAGCAUCACACUGGGCAGAAGAGGGCAGUAUGUGAUGCUGUCUGAGUGCUUGGAGAGAGCCAUGAAGUUUGCAUUUGAUGAGUUUCACCUCUGGUACCAGCUUGCCCUGUCCAUGGUAGCUUGUGGAAAGUCGGCAUAUGCUGUGUCAGUGCUCAAAGAAUGUGCUAAACUGCGACCUACGGAUCCCACCGUUCCUCUUCUGGCUGCCAAGGUCUGCAUUGGGUCGCUGCACUGGCUGGAAGAAGGAGAACACUUUGCUAAAAUGGUGAUAGACCUGGGUGAGGAUGCUGGAGAGUCCCUAGCAAAGGGGUACCUGGCACUGGGCCUGACAUACAGUCUUCAAGCUACUGAUGCUAUUCUGAAGGGCACUCAGGAUGAAUUAAACAAGAAAGCACUUCAGACUUUGGAGAGAGCACGGGACUUGGCCCCAGAAGAUCACCAAAUCAUCCUCUACCUAUCACUGCAGCUGGCUCUUGUCAGACAGAUUUCAGAUGCUAUAGACCAUCUUCAAGAAGCCCUGCAACUAUGCAAAGAUGACAUGAAUUCACUUCACCUACUGGCCCUCCUCUUUUCAGCUCAGAAGCACUAUCAGCAUGCACUGGAUGUUAUCAACAUGGCUGUUGCUGAAUACCCAGAAAGCUUUAGCUUACUCUUCACCAAAGUAAAACUGGAAUGGAUACAUAAAGGACCUGAAGAGGCUCUGAUGACAUGCAGACGUAUGUUGCAGAUGUGGCAGAUGGUAUAUAAUGUUUCACAGCACAGUGGCUCUGAGAAAUGCAGUAGUGUGACCGAAACACCGGUGAUCAAAAGGCAUAACGGACUGCAUCUCACUCUCCCAGAUGCUCAUGAUACCGAUUCUGGGUCACAACGAGCCUCUUCACUUGCUGCAUCGAGACUGGAACAGGCCAUGUCUGAAAUAACUAUGCAGAGCAGCACAAUGAAGCAGGGACCUAUGCAACUGUGGACAACUCUUGAACAAAUUUGGCUACAAGCUGCCGAACUCUUCAUGGACCAGCAGCAUCUCAAAGAAGCAGGCUUUUGUAUCCAGGAGGCAGCUAGUCUUUUCCCCACAUCUCAUGCUGUACUGUACAUGCGUGGGAGGUUUGCAGAGAUGAAAGGCAAUUUGGAGGAGGCUAAGCAAUUGUAUGAUGAAGCGCUCACAGUGAAUCCAGCUGGAGUGGAAAUUAUGAACAACCUGGGCCUGGUGCUGAGCAGACUUGGGUGGAGGGAACUGGCCCAGAAAGUCCUCAGAGAUGCCAUCCGUAUCCAGACCACCAGCCACAUUGCCUGGAACAGCCUUGGAGAGGUCUUGCAAGCUCAGGGGAAAAACGAAGCAGCCAUUGAGUGCUUCCUUACUGCACUGGACCUUGAAUCCACCAGUCCUGUCAUCCCAUUCACUGUCAUACCCAGGGAGCUCUGAAGCUUUUCCCUGCAGCUAAGCACCUUCGUUCCCUGGACAGACACCAAAACCAAAUAAAUAAACAGAGAAAAAGCCCAACAGAAAAGUGCCAUUGUAACCUGGAACUGGGACAAGUAAUUCCAGGAUGGGGCUCAGGUCUACAUGCUUAGCUGAGACAAGCUGAACUGUAGAAGAAUUUGCAACACACAGAAAUAGAGAAUGCCUUUUUCUUCACAGGUGCCUGGCUAACCUCCUGUUAAAGUUAGUAUCAAGGCUUAUUUCAAAGUGUUGGUUUAAGGUGACUGUACAAAGAUCGUGCCAGGGUACAGCUGUUCAAAGCACUUGCACCUUCAGUGUUCAUUAAAGAUAAAACUCCAAGCCCUGAAUUAAAGCCCAGACCUGCUCUAAACAGGAGUAAAUGCACCAACUAAUUUGACCAAGUUGUGCUUAAACAUGUAGCUGCCUCCCCACAUCUGACAGGACAAGAAUGACAAUUGCACCAAAUAGACAUGCAGUAUAUGCUGUUCACAAAAUUAUUUCAGCUAUUUUGAUAAUCCUUUUUCCUGCCUUGCUUUUAUAUACUGCAUAUGCUCACUGUAUUUAGUGUAGCACUUGCCUAGACCAAUUUAAAUUAAAAAUACUUAUUUUUUAGAAAAGCUAAUAUUGCAGUAUAAUUCACAAAAGCAGAAAGACCAAAGACCAAAUCAGUUCACACUUGAACUAGUAUUAAAAACAUAUAUGUAUCUCCACUUACAUAUUUAUUGAAAGGCUUUACAUGACGUAGCUAAUUAUAAACUCUAAGCUUCAUUCUUAUUAAUCACCUCUUCCAUCACUUUUAGUGAGGAAUAUAGUAUUUACCAUCAUAUAGUGACUGAACUCUGUACUCUACUGCAUUACCGUUCCUGGCACAAAACAUUUUCAUAUCCAUCUUUUCAUGAUACAAAAGAUGGUGGCAGUCUUUUAAGGGAAAGUAUGCUGAAGGCAGUGUGUGUAUAUAUGAAUUACUUCUUUCUUGAAACUAAAUCUUUGGAUUGUCCUUAGAAAUUUCACAUGACAGGUAUGGAGUUGAGCCUUCAGCGGAGCAGGAUCAAUUUGCGUAUCGUAUCAGAUGUAAGAGUGAAGAGCUUCUAAUCCGCACAGCCUCCCCAUGGCUGGCACAGCCAGCGCAGGGGACACAGCUGGCAAUACCCCCUGCUAAGCUGCUCCUUAGCUCUGCUUGACCUCCCUGGGGCCUUGGCAGCGCAGUGGAGCUGUACCGUGCUGUCACACGACCCACGGGAGCCAGCCCUGUCCAGACCAGUCCCAAGAUAAAGAUGAUGCAGAAAUUUGCUGCAGGCACUUUUCUAAAAAAAAAAAAAAAUGUUGGGGGCUCUGCCCCUGUUUUCAUCCAAAGAAGAUUUGUGACUAUUUCAUAAGUAAGUUUGCACUAAAACACGCCUUGUACUAUAAUUCCACCCAGUAUUGUGAUCCUUAACUAGUUCACUCUGGAAAUAAUAAUAUCUUUAGGCAAUAAAUGAAUUGGGGUUAUUUCUUAAAGAGCCUGAGGCUCUGGCAGCAGACUUGAAGUCAGUGUUGUUUACAAUUAUUUGGAAAUCUGCAGGGUAAUGGAGAGUUAGGCCCUCGCAGUGCUCCCAGACCACACCAUGGCAGAGCUCCUGCCCCCAGCCUUCCCUCAAGAUGCGCUCGCCAAGGGAAUUACACUGUUCUCAGGUUUCUCUCAGCAGCCUGGUGCAAUGCCAGGCCAAUAUUUUUACUUUUUCCCAUUAAAUCAUCCUGGUGCAAUAGCCCAGAUUAUUUAUCUAUUCACCCAGGGAUUCCAGGUCUGAUCUAGGCUGGUUUCAAUCCAGGUGAAAGUAGCCCAGCCAUGAAAAGGUGCUCGGCCCAUGAGUUCUCUGGCUUUCCAGUACCACGCAGGCACCAAAACUGACUUUUUUGGGCCAGAGGCAGGUUUCCAAGGAGACAGUGUUACCCGGACACGUUUCUUGUUUGCAAUAGCACCAGCAGCAGAGGAAAGAGUAGGUGUUAAAGUACCAGAAUUAAAUGAGUUUCAUGAAGACAAAAAGACACAGCCGAGACCCAUUUUGGUGUGAAGGAUGCUAUGAAGUCGUCUUGCUCUGCACUGCAGGUGGGAAAGAGGAAAGGGGAGGGGUAGAGAUGCUGCUGUUAGCAUAAUAUGCAAAUUGUUACCCAGGUGUUUUAAACCCAGUUCCACAGCCAGAUGCAAUCUGACAAUACACGUAAGUAGAGACAUAUAUAGAUACAUGUUAUAUUCUGGUAUUUGUUCUGCUCCACAGUUUCCAGGGUGGAAGCAAACCUUUAGUGUAAGACAGAAAAAAAGAGUCAGUGUGGUCCGACAUCACCGAUCCGUUGUGCAAUGUAUAUUUGUAAAGCACUGUCAUAGCAACUCCUGUGUACUGGACAGCUAUUUGAGUACAAACUACGCAUCCAUGACCAAGGAACUGCUUUAAGAGGUCUGUAACAUAGCUGGUCUGUGACCUGGCAGGAGGGUGCCUGUUUCCCAGCAGCGGCUGAAAAGCAAACACUUAUAGACCCAUUUACUUCUGUAUGCGUAGCUUGUAAACAGCCACCAGCCCAUCGUGUUUGUUGCUAUCUGGCAAACUUCAUCCUGGCAGUAAUCAGACUUGCCACAGCAGUCAUCUUCCUAGGAGAGGGGCAAACAUUCAUGAAUACUUUGAGUGCGUCAACAAGUCAGAUGUUGCCAGCAGGGUUCCAUUUUUUUCAAGUGCAUUAACGAGUGUUACUGGCAUUGGAAUUGCAGUCUUAAGAGCCUCUGCUCCAGGAAGAUGUACAUGAGUAAAGGCCAUCAGCAUGAACAGGAAUCACCAUGGGUAAGGUACCCUUUACCAGCACAGCACACCACACCACAGCCCCUGCAGCACCUGCAAAGUGCUUUGCAUGCAUACUGACCUCAAUCCCAAGAUUUGCUGCAUGCUUCCCAGGGGAUACACAAUGCCUGUUGGCUGGAGGGGUGUUGUAUUGGCCUGAAAUGCUCUGUACAAUGCGGGAAAGAAAGAGGUUGUUGCAGACUUACAAGUAUUUUGGGGGUAAAUCCUCCAGCUAUCUUUUUUACUCAUGCUCACCAAAACAGAAGCGUUGCCAAGCUUACAUGCUACCUCUCUUAUUCAGCAUGGAUUUUGCUCACACUUCCAGAUGCAGAAAAACAAUGACAACUAUUUCAGAUGAGCCUAUGUAUUGUGAUAUUUAUUUAGAUAGCAACAUUGAUAAAUCUGAUAGAAUUACUUGUCUGAGCUCAGUAAUACUUCUUUGUGUGGCUGGAAGCCUGGCAUGUUUAAUACUCAGGGUUUGAAAUUUAAGAACACAAGAUUUACAUGCCAUCCCUCAUGAUUAUUACAGUUCAUAAGUAAUGGAAGUUUGGGGAACAAUAAGUUCGGGGAACCAAUUCUCUUAGCACAGACUUGAAUCCAACAGUUUUGUCAUUCAUUAGUUUUGAAAGAGGGAGAUUAAAAAACCACAUCACUGCCUAAAGGAUCAGGUUCCUCUUGUUCCACCACAAGGUUAUUUUCCUUUUUGUUGGCAGGGUGCAUACAAAAAGAAAAAUAAUUACCUUCUAUUUUCCUGUUGUGCGGUAAAGGAGUAGUAUGUGCUAUUGCCUUUGGCCAACAAGAAUAUUGUAAAAAAAAUUAAUCUGCCUCCAGGAUAACAGAAGGACAAGCCCAAUAGGACAGGGAACAGCUCCCCUGUAAAGUGGAGCUUUACACUGUGUAAAGUGUCAUUAGCUCCAUUGGAGCAGUUGGUAGUUAGGAGCAUUUCCUCCAGCUGAGGAUCUGCCCACCCAUGUAUUCAUGCCGUACAGGGAGUACAACAGAGCUGCAAACUCCUGUGCCACACAAGUACCCCAGUCCGUUUCUAUUGGUAACAGUUCAUGCUACUGAUUAUCACAAUGCUUCAGAAGUGCUAAUUAUCUUUUCUUGGUAAUGACUAAUAAAUUCAAAUGGAGAACA